GGGCCUGGCGAUUAGGAGACAAAUCCUCAGCUGAGGUGUCGGUGACAGCCUGUUGGUGACUGUCUGGAGCCCUGCAGGAAGUGACCCCUGGGGCUGCUGGGGACACACGAGCGAUUGUGUCCAACAAUGGACAAAGGGCUUGAAUGCCCUCUGCUCCCAGCCUGCCUCUGUGAGCCCAGGACAGUCAGCUAUAAAGUGGCACGGGCUGGGGACUCGGACAUAGGGCUGGAGGUGUGUGGCCAUGUGGCCCGUCCUGCUGAGUCUGGGCCUGGCGCUGCUCUGGGUGUCUGCGGUUCGGGCCGAGGUUCUGGUGCAGCCCGACUUCGAUGCCGAGAAGUUCUCAGGCCUCUGGUACGUGGUCGCCAUGGUGUCAGACUGCAAGGUCUUUGAGGACAAGAAAGACCACCUGCUGAUGGCCAGCAGCACCAUCGAGGCCACUGUGGAGGGCAACCUUGGCAUCCACAUGGAGUUCCCUGGGGCCGACAGCUGUAAGAAGGUGGACGCCGAGUACCUGAAGGUGGGCUCUGAGGGCCACUUCAGAGCCCCAGCCCUGGGCUACCUGGACGUGCGUGUCGUGGACACAGACUACAGCUCCUACGCCGUGGUGUACAUCCACAAGACGCUGCGUGGGGCCCUCAGCACCCUGGUCCAGCUUUACAGCCGGUCCCCGGACACAAGCCCCCAGGCUGUGAAGGCCUUCAAGGACUUCUACCCGACCGUGGGGCUUCCUGAGGACAUGAUGGUCAUGCUGCCCAAGUCAGACGCGUGUGCCCCGCAGGGCAAGGAGGCAGCCUGAUGGUUCUUCCCAGGCUGCGGCCGGAGCUGCAGGACUCGCCGCCUCAAGCCCUGGAGACCGCAGCCCCCAGGAGCCACCUCGGGCCACCCUGCCCCACCCUGCCCUGUGGGAUGUCCGCUGGGCCCCUCUUUCCACUCAGUAAAAAGACUG